AUGACUUUCCACAUGAUCCUUAUUUUGUGUCUUGUUUUUCACAUUUUUUCAACACAAAUAUGUUAUUGCCAAAAUAAUUCUCCUCAAAACAUAGAAACUUUCUACCAAAAUGAAACUGUAGUUUCAUCACCACCAAAGGCACAACCUUCAUCACCACCACCUCAAGGACUAACUGCGGUAUCGAAAAGUAGUUCGUCGAACGGUAAGAUAGCGAAAGCUGUGGCUGCAACUGCAGCAAGCACUAUAGUUAUUUGUGGUUUAAUUUUCAUUAUAGUAAAAAGGUGUUUAAGAAAAAGAAAGAGAAACAACAUUGUUUCUAAUGGUGAUAAUAGACAACAAGUUGAUGUGCCUAGAGGGAAUGUUUUUGAAAAGAUUGAUGGAAAUGUGAGAGGAUUGAUUGUUGAUGAAGAUGGUUUGGAUGUGAUUUAUUGGAGAAAACUUGAAGAGAAGAAUUCUAACAAGGAUCUUUAUAAGGACAUAAUCUCGAAUAGUCCGAAAAACAAAGUUGAAGAAGAUCAAGUGAAAAAAUCUAAGUACAUUCAAGAAACUCCUCUUCUUAAAGGACAAUCUUCAUCUUCACACAUAUUUCAAGAAGAGGAUGAUUUAUAUAGAAUUCCAAAAAUUCAAUCUCAACCAUCCAAAAAUGAAGGAUUUGUGAAAAAGGGUGUUGAAAAACAUGAAUUUCAAUCUCAACCGUCCAUUUUGCCAUCCAUAGUUGCACCACCACCGCCACCACCUCCUCCAAUGAAGGCAGCACCACCGCCACCACCUCCUCCGAUGUCAUCUUCGAAAGCUAUCUCCAAGGCCAAUGAAAGAAACUCUUUAGGGAAAGGUGUGGAAGAGUCCAACAAUGAUCAAGUGAAGUUGAAGCCUUUGCAUUGGGAUAAAGUGAAUACUAAUGCUGCUGAUCAUUCCAUGGUUUGGGACAAAGUCGAUCGCGGCUCGUUCAGGGUUGAUCAAAAUCUUAUGGAAGCUCUCUUUGGUUAUGUUGCAACCAAUCGAAUGUCAUCUAAAGGAAAGACUAACUCAACAAAUCCAAGCAAUGAUGCCUCAACAAAAAAAUUCCUUCUUGAUCCUAGAAAAUCACAAAACAUUGCCAUUGUUUUGAAAUCACUAGCCGUCUCGCGAGACGAAAUUCUUGAUGCGCUCAUCGAAGGAAAAGGCCUAAAUGGAGACACAAUUGAAAAGCUUUCAAGAGUUUCACCAACAGAAGAAGAGAAAUCACUUAUACUUCGCUAUAAAGAAGAUCCAUCAAGACUCGCUGCAGCAGAAUCUUUCCUAUAUCACAUCCUCAUCGUCGUUCCUUCAGCGUUUAACCGCUUGAACGCGAUGCUAUUCAAAUUGAACUAUGACUCGGAGGUCUUGGAGAUCAAGGAUUCUUUGCAGACGAUUGAAUUUGGAUGUAAAGAGCUUAGAAGUCAAGGACUUUUCUUGAAGCUUCUAGAAGCGGUUCUUAAGGCCGGGAAUCGAAUGAAUGAUGGAACUUCUAGAGGUAAUGCUCAAGCUUUUAACUUGAAUUCACUAAGGAAACUCAAUGAUGUGAAAAGCAACAAUGGAAAAACCACAUUACUUCACUUUGUUGUCGAAGAAGUUGUUCAUUCGGAAGGAAAACGUGCAGUUCUUAACCGAAAUAACAGCCUAACCCGAAACAUGAGUCGAAAGAGAAACAUUAACACAAAUGGAAACAUCGAAACAAAUGUUGUUUCGGACAAAAAAAUAGAAAGGGAAUACACAAUGUUAGGAUUAUCAAUUGUGGGAGGAAUAAGUUCUGAAUUCAGCAAUGUUAAAAAAGGAGCAAAUUUGGAUUAUAAAAGUUUAGUUGAAUCAAUUUCAUCACUAUCUAUGAGACUAGUUGAAAUUCAAGAACUUGUUUCACAAUGCGAGAGUGGUGAAAGAGGAAAUUUUGUGAAAGAAAUGAAUUAUUUUAUUGGAAAUGCGGAGGAAGAAUUGAAAUUUGUUAGGGAGAAAGAAACAAUUGUGUUACAGAUUCUUUGUAAAACAACACAAUAUUAUGAAUGUGGAGGUUCAAAAGAGAAAGAAAAAAACAAUCUUCAACUAUUUGUUAUAGUUAAAGAUUUUUUGGGAAUGGUUGAUCAAGUUUGCAUUGAAAUUGCACGUGACUUGCAGAAGAAGAAUCUGAAAGGAAUUUCUGAUUAA